CGUGCUGUAACAAAGCAGAGUCACUCUCUCUGCCUGCACUGAGAAACCUAUGGUAUUUCAUUUGAAAAGAAACCAAUAGUCAAUUGAGGUCAUCAUCGAAGAUAUCUCAUCCAUCCUCGACUGCUUUUUAAAAUCUGACAACGAAUAGCAUAUUUUUGAACGAAAUCUCUUCACAAACUUGAAGCUGAAACAAGUCCUGGUCCGACCUGAGAGCUCAGGGAUUAAUCAUGAUGUCAGUCUUGCAAGUAGCCCUGCUCAGCUUGGUCCUGUUAGCAAGGACCACUGUGGCAUUUCUCUCCAUCGGGGGUGGGAUUUCCUCUCAUGUCAGCAUCACAGGAACGGCUCUGUUGCAAGAAGUGUCCAAGGCUUGUGAGAUGGUAAUCAAGGAAGCCGGUCACGAGUUCAAACCCACGGGUUCAUCUCCUGAGGAGCUGGUUCAGGCCUGUCUCGGACCCACAGCAACAGGACAAGUGUCAGGGGCCAAGUUUCACACUGCUCUUCAAGAAAUCUACACCCAGAAUGGACUGGUAGACCGUGACUUUGUCGCCAGUGCUCCACACCACUUUAACUCAGAGACGUUCCUAGAGGGACGUGGCCUAAUCACGAAGGGCAUGGUGGCCAUUAAGGCGAACAUUCGCAAGGAGAACUUCCAGGCUGCCAGAGAAACACUGGGCCGUGUCCUUCACACACUACAGGACUUUUACAGCCACAGUAACUGGGUGGAGCUGGGAUACACAGAGCCGUACAUCAACCUCUUACGUCCAGAUCUGCCACUUGAAAACCUGGCAGAUGUCAACACUCCGACCUGCACUGACUGUGAAAGUGGAACAUGCCCCAACUCCAUCCUUCCCGACAUCCUACAAGAAAUGAAACUUACAUCAGGCUACAUGGGAGUCUUCUAUUCAUCCAAGCCUCAAGGUAAAUGUAGUCAUGGAGGUGCAGGUGACCUGUCCAGCACAACAGCUCCCCGCGGUGGCAUCAGCAAAGAUGAGCGUCGCUUUGACAACGUGGCCCAACACAAUGCUGCUGUGAAUAUAGCCACAACUGCAAGCCAACAGCUAGUGGAGAACAUCCGCUUAGCUGUCGGGAAUGAAGAAUUCCUUAGAACGAUGGGAAUUGCCCGCUCAGCUGUUGUGUGCUUUGUUAUUGACACCACAGGCAGUAUGUCUGAUGACAUCGCCGAAGCCAAGGCGGUUGUCAAUGAAAUGAUUGACAGCAAAAAAGGAACGCAGGAUGAGCCUUCUGAGUACAUCCUGGUGCCCUUCAAUGACCCCGAGUUUGGACCCAUGAUUAGAACAUCAGAUCCUGAUAAAAUGAAAGAAGAAAUCGCGAAACUCAAACCAAGAGGAGGGGGCGAUAUGCCUGAGAUGUGUCUGUCAGGAAUUCAGUUGGCUCUGACUGGCGCUCCAUCUGGCUCUCACAUCUAUGUUUUCACUGAUGCUGCAGCGAAAGACUCUGAACUCAAGGACACAAUUAUUGCCCUCAUCAGGCGCACCAAGUCAACGGUGUCAUUCUUCAUGACUAGCUACAGUAGGAGGCGCCGUCGCUCAACCACAGGUGGUGCCUUUCAACAAUACAAGGAACUGGCUCUGGCCUCUGGAGGCCAAGCCAUCCUGGUGACCAAGAAAGAGCUGCCCCAGGCCACAAGCAUCAUCCGUGAUACGUCUACUUCAGCCCUGGUGACUAUUCUUCAGCGAUCAGUGAACCCUGGCAAGACCGAGACCUUCAGCUUCAUGUUGGACGAAUCUCUUCAAAACAUCACCAUCUACAUCACAGACGCUGUUGUUUUCUCACUGACCAACCCUACAGGUGUGAGCCAAUCCAACACUGAGACCAGUGGUAAACUGGGGACAAUUCAUACAGUUGGCAACCUGAGGAGGAUUCUUCUCAAUGCUGACAACCACAAAGGAAUCUGGAAGGUCAAAAUCGAAUCCCGAGAACCAUACACAGUUAAAGUCACAGGUCAGAGUAUCAUCACGUUUAUCUAUAACUUUGUUGAAAAGUUCAAGGGACCUCACCCAGGUUAUGCAUUGCUGAGUGGGCGUCCACAAGCAGGCCAGCCUGCCACCCUGCUGCUUUCAGUAGUGGGAAAGAAAGGUCCGUCCUCUAUGACUGUGGGAAACAUUGGCCUGAUAACUGUGUCUGGCCCUGAGGCUGUGAGCAACAGCACACUGACAGACCUGGGCAAUGGAGACAUCCUGGUGACUGUUGAUGCGGUCCCAGACGGGGAAUUUUUGAUCAUUCUGAAUGGAGAAGACACAGAGUCUAAAAGUGCAUUUCAGAGGCAGUCCACCACCUCCAUGUCCCUGUCCAAAGUGAACAUCCAGGCUGUGGUUGCCAGCAACAUGGAGCCAGGAAAACCGUUAGAGCUCCCAUUCAGUGUAAUGACCCAGGGACCUGGUGGUCAAUACUCCAUCAUCGCCAAGAAUGACAGAGACUUCCCCAUGACCUACCCAAGCAGCCUCACCUUGACAACUGGAGAACUCAUCAAUGAUACGUUGACCAUUACACCACCAGCCGGAACACCAUCAGGCACUGAUGUCAGUCUGACUAUGGAAGCCAGAUCAUCCACUGGUGCCGACUCCAAUUAUGUUGUUCUAAGAAUGUCUGUUGUUACCAAGAUUACAGAUCUUGCUCCGCCUGUGUGUGAAGGGGUUAAAGUGCUGGCUAAUGAAUGCCCUCAAGACAUGUCUGCAUGUGAACUUUUCCAAUGGGAGUUCUCUGCCAACCUUACAGAUGGAAAUGGCACUGGGAUAGAACGCAUAAUCUUGCGAAAGGGUAAUGGAACCCUCUCAUAUACCCCCCUGAACAAUACCAUCAUCCAAACAGAAUACAACGCCUCCUGCUGCUCACAGAUUGUUGAGUUCAUAGCUGUGGAUGAAGUGGGCAAUGUGGGAAAAUGCUAUCACUCCAUUGUUCGUUCCAGUGGCCAGCCUGCUUUAACUCUGUCAGUGUCACUGUGGUUUUGCCUGCUGGUGUCUACCUUGGUAGUAAGACCCUAAAGGCUUCAGUACAGGUUGCUCAAUGUUUUGUGAUUGAAAGCUGCAGGUAUUGGAUGCAGUAAUAAUCUUUAUCCUAAAUUCGUUGCAAUGUUCUUCUGUCAUAGAGUGAAACUUUCGGCUGGUGAUGGUCAUCGUAAAGUACUUAAAUAAAACACAAGAACCAAUAAAGUAAAUAUUCAUCAACCACUGCUUUAAGAAACAUUUUAAUGUUUAGAUUAAAAAAACAAGAUAUGUGCAAUAAAAAGGUU